AUGUCGCUCCGAGUGCUCGCUCAAGCUCGUCUGGCACUCCGACAGAAUGGCCUGUCUCCGCUGCGAGUAGCUAUCGCACAGAGGGCAGCGUCCGUUCCUCUGCCAACUCACUAUUCUGUGGCGCGAGCAUUCUCGAUAUCUCGUCCAUGGUUGGCCACUGAGGCAGUACAAGUUCAGCACUCGCCGAUCUUGGACACAACAGCCCAGAAGCCAGUUAAAGAGAAGAGCUCUGACGACAAUGCAAUUCCGUUCUCCACUAUCAAGGAUCUUAUUAGCCCCGAAACAUACGAGGCUAUCACUUACAAACCAUAUAAGCUCAAAAAUAUGACGCCUGUUCAGGCUGCUGUCCUAAAGCUUCUCCCCCAGUUGGCACCGCAUCAUACUGAGCUUCAAGCAGGCCCCGAUGGUAGACUCCCUCCUCGAGACUUAAUGGUCCGUGCCAAGACUGGAACUGGCAAAACUCUAGCCUUUUUGAUCCCAGCAAUUGAAGCUCGUCUGGCCGCAAUCGAGCGUGCCAAGAAACAAGCACUCGAAAAGGCUGGACUUACUAGAGAUAGUAUGUACGAGAAUCGGGCUGUGCGAGCAUUCACCCGUACGGACGCUGGAGCUUUGAUCAUCAGCCCAACCCGGGAGCUGGCUACCCAGAUUGCCAAUGAAGCCCUCAAGUUAACUCACCAUCACGACGGCUUCGAAGUCAGGCUUUUUGUAGGAGGAAACAGCAAGAGAGAGCAAAUGCGGGGGUGGCUGCGUGGCCGCCGAGACAUUGUAGUUGCCACUCCUGGCCGUCUGCGGGAUCUCCUUCAGAGUGAGCCUUCCAUCCCGGAGGGUUUAAAAAAUACACCAAUGUUAAUUCUGGACGAAGCUGAUACCCUCCUCGAUAUGGGCUUCCGUGAUGACCUUGAAGACAUUAUCUCCUACCUCCCAAAAUCUCCCGAGCGCCAAACUAUGCUUUAUUCUGCGACUGUUUCUCGUGCGAUCCAACAAGUGGCUCGCUCAACUCUCGACAGGAACCAUGAAUUUAUCAACACCGUACAGGAGGAGGAGUCUCCUGUCCAUGCCCACAUCCCUCAGUACCAUACUGUGCUACCUAGAGCCGAGGACCAAGUCCCACACAUACUUCGCCUUCUUGCUCACGAUCAAUUAACGAACCCGGGGAAAAGUAAAAGCGUAAUAUUCUUACCAACGACAAAAAUGACCCAGAUGUACGCAUCGCUUUUGCGCGAGUUGGCCCGCGAUACACUCCCUGCCGGACGUGAAACCCAAAUUUAUGAGAUCCAUUCGAGAAAAGACCAGGACUCUCGUAGUAGAACGUCGGAUCGCUUUCGCAAAGAUACUUCUGGUGCAUCCAUACUCGUCACCUCUGAUGUAUCAGCUCGAGGGGUCGAUUAUCCCGGGGUCACGAGAGUGAUUCAAGUUGGGAUUCCGUCGAGCUCUGAUCAAUAUAUCCAUCGUGUUGGGCGAACUGGACGAGCCGGAACCGAAGGCCGCGGCGACUUGGUGCUUUUGCCUUGGGAGAUAGGUUUCGUCACCUGGCAACUCACUCAUGUCCCGAUGAAACCUACCACUGUCAAGCAGGUUGAAGCCGAAGUGCUCGCGUUGGCUGCAAAGCACGAUGAGAAUCCAUCUGCAUUCUACACCCCUCCUCCUGUCCCCCGCGCCGUCCGCUCAAGGUUCAAGGACUCAUCCAGGACACCAGGGCCUGUAUCUCUCUCGCCUCGUUCGCUCGAAAAGAUCAACCAGAUUGGAACGAUCAUCAACGAGACCUUGCCUAGCCUUGAUCCUCUAUCGGUGGAGGAAACCUUUGCUUCUCUACUAGGAUAUUAUAUCGCAAAGGCUCCCGAACUUCGUGUCCAAAAAAAUGUGGUUCUUCAAGGGUGUAAAGACUGGGCCACCGGGUCUGCAGGUCUGCCUCAAGAGCCUUACGUCAGUGAAGCAUUCUUGGCGAAGCUGGGAUACACCGACGGCCGUACCAAGCGGUUUGGGGCUAGAAGGACCGAGUACAUUGGAAGGGGUCGCAAGGGUGACACAAAAUCAUCCCCAUGGGAGAUUCGGGGAAAUCAAAAGAACAGGGAUCGGGACGACAAGGAGGGAGGAUUUAGCGAUCGUAACCGGACAUUCGGAGAUCGUGGCCGCGGAUUCGGGGACAUGGAUAGGGACAGGGAUCGUGGCUACGGAGAUCGCAGACGUAGCUUUGGAGCACGCGAGGAGGGUGGCAGGUUCGGUGACCGGGAAGACCGCGGUCGGUUUAGUGACCGUGGUGACCGCGGCAGGUUUGAUGCACGGGAAAACCGCUUCGCAGAUCGCAGCGGAGAUCGCCCACGCCGUUCAGUCCUUGAAGACCCUGAUAAUGCGAGCGAAUUUGUCGGUACAAGAGUCGCAAAUUCGAUGGCAACCACUUCCAGACCUGGUCACGGCGUUCGACAUAAUACUGCCAGGCACUUGCCAAUAUUUGCAGCAAAGUACAGGGACCGGGCUAUCGCAAUUCGAAAGACCUCUGAUUAUAAUUCAACUAUAACAAUGGUCCGUAAUGCCUUUCAAAUACCAUCCGAACUACCAGAUUCGCAUAUUAGACUCUCGUCGCGUUUUGAAGAGUUUGGCGACCUUUUGGUCGAUAUUACAAGUGAUAUAUGGGACGAAGUCACAUUUUCGUUGCGGAUUGUUGAGGUUUCGACAAAUCCACGCCCCUCUCGGCUUCUACUGGCGACAGACAGAUUCGCACCCCAGCGUUCAGGCAAUGGCAAGUAUGAAUCAAUCCGAGAUGUCGCCCUUGACAGCAACCUAAUCAUAGUCCAUGUUGUCGGUGGCCCGUCUGAUGUGGUGGUCCCCAUUUCUGAAAUUUCCACUCUCUCAGAACUGAAGGAGCUAGUGUUUCAGCGUCUGGCUUACCUCCCAAGGAGAACAGCAUUUCGAUUUCAAGAUACUGAGCUUAAUGAUGAUUUAAAGCAACUAAGGGCAUAUGGCAUAGUCGAUCAAUCGAUCAUCACAUUGACGACGGUUGUUCAAGUAUACGUGACCACCCAACAACGAUCCAGAGUUCCUAUGCGAGUUACCAUGUAUGCGGGGGUUUCGAGCCUGAAACUUUUGAUUCGAUCCAAAUUGGACGUUCCAAUACGAGAACAAAUACUAAUGUGUGCAGGGGAAGAGUUAGUGGAUGGAACUCGGCUGGGAUCCUACCCACAAGUAUCGCAUAAUUCCCACAUCAUUGUCGACGUAAUGCCUAUAGGAAUUGACCCAAGACAAACUCACGAACUGCUCUGCGUCUGUGUAAAACCAGAAUGGGCCGCUCUUGACGACGAUGAGGAAGGCGAUAUUUACCACGUACUUCCUACUUCCACUAUUCUUGAUCUCAAAGUUCUCGUACAAAACCUCAACUUGAUAUCUCCAUCAAGGCAGCGCAUAGUAUUUCGAGGAACGACUUUGGAGGAUGAACAAAAUAUGAAUGAAGCUCAUGUUGAGACUGGAAGCACUCUCAUCUUGCAUGUUAUGAGUCAAAGAGCAUAG